AUGUCGGCUUCUUACAACUGCUCUUUUGAUCUAACGGAUGAAAAAGGCGAGUGGCUUUGUCCUCCAGGGGAAACCUGCACCAAUCUGACCUCUGGCGUGAACAGAAGCCACAUCAGUCUGGAGGAUGCAUGUCUGACACUAGAGAAGUACCUGGAGAAAUACCUGGGGCCUCGUCGAUCGACUGUGUUCCUUCCCGUUUGCCUCGUCUACCUUGUCAUCUUCAUGGUAGGUGUGGUGGGGAAUUUGCUGACGUGCACUGUCAUUGUACGCAACAAAGUGAUGUGGACGCCAACAAACUACUACUUGUUCAGUCUGGCAGUGUCUGAUCUGCUGGUACUGCUUCUCGGCAUGCCAUUAGAGCUGUAUGAGCUGUGGCAGAACUACCCAUUCCUCCUGGGCAAGGGUGGCUGCUACUUUAAAACGUUCCUAUUCGAGACAGUUUGCUUGGCGUCUAUCCUCAACGUGACAGCACUAAGUGUAGAGCGUUACAUUGCUGUGGUGCACCCACUACGUGCAAAGUAUGUGGUAACGCGCACCCAUGCCAAGCGGGUCAUCCUUACAGUGUGGGGUGUCUCUGUGUUGUGUGCUUUGCCAAACACAAGUCUGCAUGGGAUUGACAUCCUUCACAGGCUCUCCUCCGGCCCUUCCGGGAACAUCAAUGUGGAGAUCCCUGAGUCAGCGACCUGCACGGUGGUGAAACCGCAAUGGAUGUACAACGCGACCAUCCAGGUGACCACCUUGCUAUUUUUCUUUCUGCCCAUGCUCACCAUCAGUGCUCUCUAUAUGCUCAUUGGGCUACAGCUGAAGCGGGAGAAGAUGCAUCAGGCACUGGAGGCGAAGUCAGGCUUUGGACAGGACAGCUUCUGUAACAUCAGAACACAGCAGCAGAAGGCACGUCGCCGGCAGGUCACUAAAAUGUUGUUUGUUUUAGUGAUUGUUUUUGGGCUCUGCUGGGCCCCAUUUCACACUGACCGUCUCAUGUGGAGUUUCAUCAAUAACUGGACUGACAGCCACCUGGAAGUCUUCCAGUACGUGCACAUCAUCUCCGGAGUGUUUUUCUACCUCAGCUCAGCAGUCAACCCAAUCCUGUACAACCUCAUGUCCACACGUUUCAGAGAAAUGUUCAAGGAGGUCAUGUGCCACCGGCCACAUCACAUCACUCCGAGAAAACACUCACUCAGUGUUACCCGGGUGACGCUCCGCAGCACCCUGAGUGAUGUGCCGCUUAGCAACGGUGCUGCUGUCGUUGAUGCCGAGGCAGAAGAUGCAGAAGUGAAGAUGAAAGAUGAGACCAGUUUUACAUGUUAA